AAAUCGAAUGUUUAACCCUAGAGCAAAUAGAAAAUGAGCAUAUUUUCACAAAUUGGAGUGUCCCUUUAAGCUGGCAUUUCACCCUGCACUCUUAGAACAAAUGUGUUAAAAACAACACAUUCGUGUUGAUUCUGGGACAACACACUAAAUGUGUUUUCCCAGAAUCCACCCAUCUCUGUGUUAUUAUUGAAACAACACAUUUUGUGUUAUUUUUAACACAUCUUGUGUUAUAGUUCAACACAAUAUCGCACAAAAUGACACAUAAUGUGUUAAAAGCUUGACGCAUAAAGAUGUGUAAAUCCUUCCUGAGAGUGUGUAAAGUCAUCAUCCAGUUUUACAUAAGACCCAAGGUAAAAAGGGCAGUGACUCUUUAGAAGGGAAGUUACUUCACAGAGACUUCUUCUUUUAAUCUUUUAUACAGUAGAUUCUAGUUCUCUCAAUUUAAUAUCCCUACCAGGGCGGCUAACACAAUCGCAUACGCUAAACUACUGUAUAUUUAAUAAUCAUAUAGCAUAUUUAAUUAUAUAUUAUUUUAAAUUAUUGGUACUAAUAACUAAGAACGUGAAUUACAAUGCUACACGUUUUUCUGCUUCUCCUCCCUGGUGUUCUCAGUACUUAUUGGAAUUUGACGCGUCCUUUAUCGAUCUGUGGAGUGCGAGGAUCCAAUGUCACUAUUCCCUGUAAUUUUGCAACAAACACACCCUCACAAGUAACAGAGGUGUCAUGGUGCUUAACGAGUGAAGGCAAAAAUUGUGACAGACAUGGGCCGUAUGUUUAUAAUAGUUCACACACAAACAAUCGAAGCAACUUUCAGUACACUGGUGAUAAAAUUUCAAAUUGUUCUUUGUUGAUCAGUAAUAUUAAUUCAACAAGUUCUGGAGAGUAUUUAUUCAGAUGUAUAACCAGUUCACCAACGGAUCGUUGGACAUCUAAUCCAGGAACAACUGUUACAGUCACAGAUUUAAAAGUGUCCAUGACCAGGUUAGGAGACAAUGAAAACAUAACAGUUGGAGACUCUUUGAAUUUGACAUGCACUGUGUCCUGCCCUGGUCAUUUACCAGAGCUUCAAUGGUUGAAGGAUCAUAAGACAAUACCACAUACAGGCCCCAUCCUCAUCUUCAGAAGUGUGACUCCUGAAGACUCUGGGAAUUACUCUUGUUCUUUGAAAAACUUUAAAUCAAGUGAAUCAGAACAAAUUGGACUGUAUGUUAAAGGAUCUAUCUCGACUUCCUGGUCCACAACAUAUUUUUGGGUUGGGAUUAUUGGAGCGUGUUUGGUCUUGAUUAUUUUCAUUGUUUUAGCUGUGAUACUCAUAAAAAAGAAAGCAAAAACUCAAGGGACAACCACAUCAGAGGACGAGGGAAAAACAACUCAGCGAUCAGAGGAUGUACCACAGGAGGAGGAAGUGCAAUAUGCAUCUGUCAGCAUCAAAACCAAAGAAAUGCCGGCGAACACCGAGCUAAAAAAUGAAGAUUCAACCAUCUAUAGUGGAGUACGGGUUCGUGAAGUUUAAGGAGAAAUGUGAACAUUUCCCUUUAAUUCUUUAGGGGUUCAUGUAAAACAUUUAAUGAAACCAUUUGGAAGAGUGGCAAAACAUCUACAAGUAGCAGAACACCUCAGAUCUUUGUUCAUUUAAAACACUUAAUUCAAAACAUUAAAAAUUUAAAUGACAAGUUUGGUAUUUUACACUUAAAGCCC